ACAUCCAAUAUCUUACACAUCCACCAGAGAUCAUUGUGCGACCAGUGGAUCAGCAGGUAAAGAAUGGAGGCAUUGCUGCAUUUUACUGCCAGGCAAGAGGAGAUCCUUCGCCUGUUCUGCAAUGGAGAAAGAAUGGCAAGAGAGUGUCCGGUACACAGUCACGCUACUUAGUUCACGAGUAUCCCGUGGGAGGCGCUCUUCUGCGCAUUGAACCCGUGCGCGCGCAACGUGAUGAGGCCCAAUACGAAUGCGUUGCAGAGAAUGGAGUGGGGGAUGCUGUCGCCGCUGAUGCCAUGUUGACAGUCUACGACACUGACAAGCUUCCAGCUGGUUUUCCACAAAUAAUACAAGCUCCAAGCACCAAGGUAGUAGAGAUUGGUCAUAACGCAGUUUUGCUGUGCUCAGCUGUUGGUACACCUCUGCCUCGCAUCUCAUGGGUGCGAGACAUGCUACCGGUGGAUCCCAGCAAAAGCCCGCGAUACAGUAUACUAGACACAGGUACCGGUAUGCCAGGAGCCCUGCAGAUCUCCGGCAGUGAAGAAGAAGAUCAGGGAAAGUACGAAUGUGUUGCUGAGAAUGUCGUUGGAACAGAAUACUCCCACUCCACAAUGCUUUACGUUAAAGUGCGACGAGUACCACCACAGUUCUCCAUCCCCCCACCGCCAGUACAUGAAGUGAUGCUGGGUGCUGACCUUAAUCUUACAUGUGUUGCUGUUGGUUCCCCGAUGCCCUAUGUGAAGUGGCGUAAAGGACUGGCUACUGAUAUUACACCAGAUGACAAGCUUCCAAUUGGUCGGAAUGUGCUAGAAUUGACCAAUAUCCAGGAGUCGGCCAAUUACACUUGUGUAGCUGCUAGUGCACUUGGAGUCAUUGAGUCUAUGACUCAAGUCAAAGUGCAGUCACUGCCUGGUCCUCCAAUAAAUGUGCGAGUAUCAGAGAUCACUGCGACAUCUGUUCGUCUGACUUGGUCAUAUACAGGGGCAGAAGAACUGCAAUACUAUGUAAUUCAGUACAAACCCAAGUAUGCAAAUCAGCCUUAUAGUGAGAUAUCAGGCAUCAUCACCAUGUAUUAUACAGUCCUUUCCCUCAACCCCUACACAGAGUACGAAAUGUUCGUCAUUGCCGUGAACAACAUUGGUAGAGGACCUCCAAGCACACCUGUGAUAGUUACCACAGGAGAAACAGCUGACUCUUCAUUCGGAGGUGCCAAACCUGGCACAGCACCCAGGAAUGUUCAGGUGCGGCCCCUUAGCUCCAGCACAAUGGUAAUUCAGUGGGAUGAGCCUGAAACUCCUAAUGGACAUGUUACGGGUUAUAAAGUCUACUAUACUAUGAAUCCAACGCUGACAAUGGCUUCAUGGGAGUCGCAGAUGGUGGACAAUAAUCAGUUGACGACAAUCAGUGACCUUACACCUCAUGUUAUAUAUACAAUUAGAGUUCAGGCCUUUACAAGUGUUGGACCAGGGCCUCUAUCUGCACCUGUACUUGUCAAAACCCAGCAAGGAGUGCCAAGCCAGCCAAGUAAUCUGCGAACAAGUGAGGUGGGAGAAACAUCUGUCACACUUCAGUGGAGCCGGCCAGCCCACGCAGGAGAAAACAUUGUUAGCUAUGAACUGUACUGGAAUGAUACAUAUGCCAAGGAGAAGCAUCACCGACGUAUCCCACUUGUGGAGAGUUACACAUUGACUGGCCUUUACCCAAACACAUUAUAUUAUGUGUGGCUGGCUGCACGGUCACAGCGUGGGGAGGGGGCAACGACGCCGCCAAUACCUGUCCGAACCAAGCAGUACGUGCCCGGGGCACCCCCCCAGAACGUGACUGGGGAAGCAGUGGGUCCGACAUCAAUCCGUGUGUCGUGGGACCCACCACCUGCAGAGCGCAGCAAUGGUCGCAUCGUGUACUACAAGCUGCAGGUCGUGGAGAAUGGACGUUCAGACUCUGAGGCUGCUGUGAUCACCCUCAACGCCACAUCAUUCGUGCUGGAUGAACUCAAGAGGUGGACAGAAUAUCGCAUCUGGGUGCUGGCGGGCACUAGCGUCGGUGAUGGGCCACCCAGUUUUCCCAUCACAGUGCGUACUCAUGAGGACGUCCCAGGUGACCCUCAGGAUGUACGAGCAACUUUUAUCAACUCGACUGCAAUCCGUGUUCAGUGGCGACCUCCACUGGAAAAAGAUCGUAAUGGCAUCAUCCGUGGUUAUCACAUACAUGUUCAGGAAACAAAGGAAGAGGGACAAGGUCUUCUUAAUGAUCCAAUGAGAUUUGAUGUUCUGGAUGGAAGUGCUCAAGAACUGAAUGUAACUGGAUUGCAGCCAGACACCAAGUACUCGGUUCAAGUUGCAGCACUCACCAGGAAAGGUGAUGGUGACCGCAGCCCACCAGUUACUGUUAAGACACCAGGAGGCGUACCAAACAGGCCAACUGUGAACCUGAAAGUGCUGGAACGAGAACCAACAGUCAGUAUAGAACUGGAAUGGGGACGACCAACUCAGACAUAUGGAGAACUCUUAGGAUACAGACUUCGCUAUGGGGUUAAAGAUCAACCUUUGAAAGAACAGAUGUUCAAAGGAGCCAUGGUCCAUUCCCAUAAAAUAAAUGAUCUUGAGCGAGGAGUGGAGUACGAGUUCCGGGUUGCAGGGCAGAAUCAUAUUGGAUUUGGUCAGGAAAGUAUUAAGUACCUGUUGACACCUGAAGGUCCCCCAAGUGGGCCUCCCACCAACAUCUCGCACCACUUUCAGACACCUGAUGUUGUGUGUGUUACAUGGGACAUUCCUCUCAGGGAACAUCGGAAUGGGCAGAUCACGCACUAUGACAUUGAAUUCCAUAAGAAGGUGGAUCAUACAACCGUCACAGACAGAAAUACCACCCAAACCAAGGCAGUAUUCACAAAUCUGGAGGAGAAUACAGACUAUGUUUUCCGUGUGAGGGCUCACACAAGCCAAGGUGCGGGACCUUAUAGUGAAAAGAUUACAGUGCAUACAGAGCGUGACAUUGUGCGUGCCCCUAUGAGUGUCCAGGCUGUUGCUACAUCUGAUCAGAGUGUUGAGGUGUGGUGGGAGCCAGUACCCAGUAGAAGCAAAGUUAUUGGUUACCAGAUCUUCUAUACUAUGACUGCAGUGGAGGAUCUUGAUGAGUGGCAGCAGAAGAUUGUUGGUUUAACUGAGUCAGCAGAUCUGGUAAACCUUGAGAAGUAUGCUCAGUAUGCUAUUGCAGUUGCUGCACAAACAAGGACAGGCCUUGGGCGUUUGUCUGAGAAAGUCACUGUUAAGGUGAAACCUGAAGAUGUGCCCCUGAAUCUGCGGGCUCACGAUGUCAACACUCACAGUAUGACUUUGUCAUGGUCCCCACCAAUUAGAUUGAAUCCCAUCAAUUACAAGAUUUCGUUUGAUGCAGUGAAGGAAUUUGUAGAUUCACAAGGCAUCACACAGAUGCAGAGUGUUCCCCGUCGUUUAAUAAUGCUGGAGCCAUCUGUUCAGAGCCACACUAUCAAUGAACUGUCUCCAUUCACGACGUAUAAUGUGAAUGUCAGUGCCAUCCCGUCAGACCACCAGUAUCGUCCCCCUACUAAGAUUACCGUAACAACACAGAUGGCAGCUCCUCAGCCUAUGGUAAAGCCAGACUUUUAUGGAGUUGUAAACAGUGCAGAGAUUCAGGUCAUCUUGCCCCAAGCAUCAGAGGAGUAUGGCCCCAUUAGUCACUACUACCUUAUUGUUGUCCCAGAAGACAAGCUCAAUGCCCAGAAGAACCCAGACCAGUUUCUUACGGAAGAGCUGAUUGCCAACAAAGGAAACAAACAGGAACGUGAGAAUGCACCAUACAUUGCUGCCAAGUUUCCACAACGUAACAUCCCCUACACCUUCCAUCUUGGAAGUGGUGAAACAAAUGAAGGUUUUACAAAUCGCAAACUAGAGCGUGGCAAGAAAUACCGCAUCUUUGUUCGUGCAGUUGUUGAUACUCCACAGAAGCAUCUGUACACAUCAAGUCCAUUCUCAGAACAUCUAUCUCUGGACAUGCGAGAAGUUCCUCCAGGUGAACCUCCAAAACGCCCAAACCCUGAUGGACCUAUAGACCCAGAUGUAUCAGUGGACAGGAACAUGGAGGAGGCAACUAUGAUGUGGGUCAUUGGACCAAUCAUUGCUGCUCUACUGCUUUCCAUAUGUUUGAUUAUACUCUUUAUUAUAAAGAAACGUAGACAACCAUGCAAGGCACCUGAUCAAGCUGCAGUGACUCGCCCACUGAUGGCUGCUGAUAUUGGAACUAGCCAUGCUCCAACAGAUCCAGUUGAGAUGCGUCGUCUCAACUUCCAAACGCCUGGCAUGAUCUCACAUCCGCCCAUUCCUAUUUCUGAAUUAGCUAAUCAUAUUGAGCGACUCAAGGCAAAUGACAACCUGAAAUUCUCACAGGAGUAUGAGUCGAUUGAACCUGGCCAACAAUUUACAUGGGACCACUCCAAUAUGGAGGUGAACAAGCCAAAGAACCGAUAUGCCAAUGUAAUUGCUUAUGAUCACUCGAGAGUUAUUCUACAGCCUGUGGAUGGUAUCCUUGGUUCCGACUACAUUAAUGCCAACUACUGUGAUGGAUACCGAAAACACAAUGCCUAUGUUGCUACUCAGGGUCCUCUUCAAGAUACCUUUGCUGACUUUUGGCGCAUGUGCUGGGAGUUGCGCUCGGCCACAAUAGUGAUGAUGACAAAGUUAGAGGAGAGGACACGCAUCAAAUGUGACCAGUAUUGGCCCACAAGAGGAACUGAUACAUAUGGUGCCAUGACAGUCACAAUCACUGAUGUCCAGGAGCUGGCCACUUAUUGCAUACGCACCUUUCAGAUUUACAAGGCUGGCUAUUCAGAACGACGGGAGAUAAAACAGUUCCAGUUUACAGCGUGGCCUGACCAUGGUGUGCCUGAUCACCCUGCUCCUUUCCUGCAGUUCCUACGUCGUGUUCGCAACAUGAACCCUCCUGAUGCAGGUCCAAUGGUGGUUCAUUGUAGUGCUGGUGUUGGACGGACAGGUUGUUUUAUUGUUAUUGACUCGAUGCUGGAGAGAAUGCGUCAUGAGAAAAUGAUUGACAUCUAUGGUCACGUGACUUGCCUCAGAGCACAACGUAACUACAUGGUUCAGACGGAGGACCAAUACAUAUUCAUCCAUGAUGCACUGCUCGAAGCUGUGAUUUGUGGUAACACUGAAGUGGCUGCCCGGAAUUUACACACUCAUAUUCAGAAAUUGAUGCUGCCUGAAACUGGGGAAAACAUCACAGGAAUGGAGCUUGAAUUCAAGAAACUAUCAAAUAUCAAGGCUGACUCCACACGGUUUAUCAGUGCAAACUUGCCCUGCAACAAGCAUAAGAAUCGAUUGGUGCACAUCUUGCCAUUUGAAUCAACACGGGUGUGUUUGACACCUGUACGUGCCAUAGAGGGCUCUGAUUAUAUAAAUGCCAGUUUUAUUGAUGGUUAUCGGUACCGAACAGCCUACAUUGCGACGCAAGGCCCACUUCUUGAUACAACUGAGGACUUUUGGAGGAUGCUCUGGGAACACAAUUCAACUAUUGUUGUUAUGCUUACAAAACUCAAAGAAAUGGGAAGGGAGAAAUGCCACCAGUACUGGCCCAGUGACCGUUCAGUGCGAUACCAAUGCUUUGUAGUGGAUCCCAUUGCUGAAUACAACAUGCCACAGUAUAUACUGCGUGAGUUCAAAGUGACUGAUGCACGUGAUGGCAGCUCACGUACUGUGCGUCAGUUCCAGUUUAUUGACUGGCCAGAGCAAGGUGUGCCCAAAUCUGGUGAUGGAUUUAUAGAUUUCAUUGGUCAAGUUCACAAGACAAAGGAGCAAUUUGGUCAAGAUGGCCCCAUUACUGUCCAUUGCAGUGCUGGUGUGGGACGCACAGGUGUGUUCAUCACAUUAAGCAUAGUACUGGAACGCAUGCAAUACGAAGGAGUUGUGGAUGUGUUCCAAACUGUACGCAUUCUGCGCACACAGCGCCCAGCCAUGGUCCAGACAGAGGAUCAGUAUCAGUUCUGUUACCGAGCCGCCCUCGAGUACUUGGGCUCCUUCGAUCACUAUGCAAAUUGACGCUAGUGCCCGUCCGGCCCCAGCCCACUGCCCGCCCACUGCCUGGAGGAGCGUUAUCAACUCGAGAGUGUGCAUGAGAGUGUGUUGUAGAGAAGUGAUUGUUUGUGUAGUUGUGUUGUAUUGGAAAAUGUAGGCAACUCAAGAGUACGUUAGGAGAGGAACAAAAAAAUAAUAUUUUAAAUGAUGGUGAUGUGAAGUAUAUAACAAGAAAGAAGAAAGAUGCUGUAGUUUUUAUGAACCCUACCCUUCCCUUUCGUCCUCUCAAACCUUUUCAUGUAUUGACAAUAACAUGCCGAAACGUCAUAUCUUAAAUGAAAUGGAUAUUGAUUUGCAACCUCAGUCAAUCAGAGUCAGACAUUUAACUUUUUUUAAUGUAAUUAUUGCCUCGAGAACAUGGUGCCAUCCGUGAUAUUGAGAGUUGCAUCCUUGGUUUCCAUGUCUCGCUCGCAAGAACAGAAGAAUAUGAAGAAAGCUUCCUCACCCCCAUUUGUUGGUUGCCGUGCGGCAUAUUUUUCCAAGGUGCCUACUUAAAGCAACAAGUAGCUAUCCACACUUAACAUUAUUAAAAGUGGGAAGAAGAAAUUUGGAAAACAACGCACAUCAUUGUCGUCGUCGAACAUACAAUCAGUGUGGAGGUUCCAAAUUGAUAAUUUUUUUUAUCAUUAUGUUUUGGUUAAUUAUGAUCUUGCAUUAUUGUACUUCACUGUACCUACAAGUUUUAAUCUUUAAUUUUUACUAUACAUGCUCAUGUGGUGGCCACGGGCUAAUCGUAGGGACAGUUUUUAACAAUCCGUGUUACAAAAAGAUAUAUAGUCUUAUCUUCUUUGCUUAUCUUAUGUGAAUGGCAUUGUCAUUAAAGAGAUAUGUUGAGCUAAACACUUGCAGCACCCCCACAAAUUAAAUUCAUACGUUACAAUAAAAAUUUAAAACAAAACUGAUUGUCCAGAAAAUUUUGUCAUAGAAAAUAUUAAAUACGUACAUUUGUUCAUAAAGGCAACUACAAAGAAAUAAGAAGGUGACAUUAGAAAUACAGAUCCAAAUUAUUUCUCAUGUUGUUACAUGUGUACUUAAGAAACUUUAUUUGGUCAGAGCUGCAUAUUCUAUUGAAGUUUUUAAUAUUAUUGCAGAAUUUAUAAUCACUUUGACAGUAUCAAAAUAAUGGUGCAAAAUCAUAGCCAGUACAACUCCGAAAACUGCAGAGAUUUAUCUGCAGUUCAUUCUGUAGAUUCAUUAUUCUGGUGCUGUGCAUAUAACAUUUCAUAUUUGGACAAACUCCGUACUGUAGGUUGUUCCUUGCAUGGUUGUUAUUUAUUCAGUUGUUUAACAUAUUCUCCACCUUUUUGUGAAUCUCAAGGUUUAUUGCCAUGGAACAGAUAAUUAAUUGAAUAAUUAUUAUUUUAUAGUUCUCGCUAGCCUCAAUAGAGCGAAGCUUCAAAGGAAAUUUUACAUCUUAAAUAUGUCAUAAUAUUUUUUUGUCCCCCUCUAGGAUUCAUUUACUCAUGAAUAUGUUAAACAAUUAUUUUGUGGGGGACAGAAAUUCUAUUAUGUAAAUACAAUAGAAAAGAAAUGAAUUGAAAUUAUGCAUUGCAAUUCAUCCUUGAGAUGACGCUGUUACGUGUUCGAUCACUCAGGUGCUUCUAAAAAUAGGAAAGGAAUGAGAAAGAACAUACCAAAGCAAGAGUCCACAGAGGUUAAGUGAGAUAUAUUCAUAUAUUGUUUUCAUUUUACUGCUUUGUACAAUAUCUUACAAUUUAUUGUUUUUGCGCAUAAUUUUCACUCUGUACAUUAAGUGAAUACGUAAUAAAGUCGUGACCAUCUGCCUUCGUUUGUCUCGAAGAACUUGAUCACUAAGAUAAAGUUAUGUGUACGAGGUCUAUACCAGAAA